AUGGUCAAAGUUUACUCAGCUGCAGAAAGUUCAGAAGUCGCUAAUUCAGUUGCUCAAUAUAUCAUCAAGGCACAAGAUGAAGCUUUAUCUUCAAAAGAAUAUUUUGAUAUUGCAAUUAGUGGUGGUUCAUUAGGUAAAGUUCUUAAAGCAGGUUUAGUUACAAAUAAAGAAUUAGGUUCCAAAAUUCAAUGGUCAAAAUGGAGAGUUUUUUUCAGUGAUGAAAGAUUAGUCCCAUUAGAACAUGAAGAUUCGAAUUAUGGUUUAUUUAAUGAAUUAGUUUUAAAAAGUUUAGCACAUGAAGGUCAUGAAGGACCAACUGUUUAUACUAUAAAUGAAUCAUUAUUACAUGAUUCAGAUACAUCAAAUGAUGAAGCUAUUGCUAAAGAAUAUGCUUCAUUUUUACCAAAAUCAUUAGAUUUAAUCUUGUUAGGUUGUGGACCAGAUGGUCAUACAGCUUCAUUAUUCCCAGGUCGUAAAUUAUUAAAAGAAUCAAAUGUUACAAUUGCUACCAUUGCAGAUUCACCAAAACCUCCAUCAAGAAGAAUUACAUUUACAUUCCCAGUUUUACAAAAUUCUAAAAAUAUUGCAUUCGUUGCAGAAGGUGAAGGUAAAGCACCAGUUUUAAAAGAAAUCUUUGGACCAACUGAAAGUGGAUUACCUUGUGAAUUAGUUAAUAAAUUACAAGUUCCAGUCUCAUGGUUUGUUAAUGAUGCAGCAGUUAAUGGUGUUGAUGUUUCAGUUUCUAAAUAUUAG